GCUAAGAGGAAAAAAAUGGAGGCGGAGCAGCAAGUGGAGAAGUUGGAGGAGCAAAUGAGUAAGUUAAUAGUCGGCGAAGAUAAGGCCAAAGGAAGCGGAGGAAUUAAUUUGAAGGAACGAUUGGAGGAAGCCGCUGUUCGUUCCGCAAGGAAGGGUCUGAAGGCUACUCCUGGAAGAGUUGGCGGAAGAACUGCCAUAGAUAUUAAUGAUCGUGCUGCCUUAAAGUUUGUGGAAGAGCAGAAGAAGCAACUCAGGUUGUUGAGAAAGGCUGGGUUAGAACCGUUCGAGGAGAUUGUCUGUGAGUUGGCUGAAGCUCGGGCCAGGAAAGCCUUUGAUAAGGCCACACACAAGGAUGCGACAUCGAAAGAAGGACGACCUGUGUAUGAGAGGAAGCUGAAGGACAGCCACCGGGAUAGGAUCAUGCAAGGCAAGUUUGCCGACGUUAAGGAGGCUGUGGAGGAGGAUGUAGAUUGUGCUGUCUUUCGCAAGAGUUCGGCGAACAAGGACAUCCGACGACGACACCAAGGCACGACCGGUGACAAGGAAUCAGUAGAUGGCAAGGAAGGGGAGCAGGAGCAGGAGCAGUGGGGGAAGCAGCAGCAGCAGCAGCAGCAGCAGGAGGAGGAUGACGAUGAGGAGGGGGAAGAGAAAGAGGAGGACACAAUAGAAGUCCCAAAGCCUAAGGCUCAGCGAAGGGGCCUGGCAUUUACGGCAUCUGGACAUCUGGAGAGGUCAAGAAGGAGAGAAGUUCCUCCCUUUCAACUUGCAGGCAAGCAAGAGAACGAGAAGAAGGGUGAACCAGAGGCAAAGAAGGGCGGUUCAUCCUUUGUCUAUGAAUCGGAGCGACGUGUGCAGACUCGUUCCGAUAACCGGGCAACAGCCACCCUCGAAACAGAGACAGAGUUUGAUAGAGAUUCUAGAGCCAUAAGAGAGAGGGUGCUAAAGCAAGCGCAAGAGGCCCUGUCCAAAGGAGCGGCGGAGGACAGCAAGUUGUACCGUGGUCUUCAUGGAUACACUGAUCACAGAGCUGGACUACAAGGAAACUGGCUAUUGUGGUUACGGGGACUCUUGUGUAAGUUAAUGCAUGACAGAGGAGACUACAAGUCAGGCUGGCAGUUGGACAGAGAAUGGAAUGAGGAGGAGGAACAGAGGAGAGAAUUGGCAGCUCGGGACCAGGUGGAUGAUGAAGACGACCCGCAGAAGGAAGAGAUCGAUGAAGAUGAUGACCUGCCUUUUGCUUGUUUCAUUUGCCGACGACCGUUCAUAGACCCCGUGGUGACGAAAUGCAAACAUUACUUUUGUGCACACUGCGCCCUCAAGCAUAAUUCAACGUCGAAGAAUUGUGCAGUCUGUGAGAAGCCUACUGGGGGAGUGUUUAACACCGUGCGUGAGAUUGUUCGUAAGAUGCAAGAAGAGAAGGAAAAGGUCAGUGGCACUUUAGAUGGUGGAAAACGCAGCAGAGGGAGCUGGCGAUCGUGAUGAUCACCGAUUAAGGAGGACCACAUUGAAUUUCAUGAAUAGUGUGCUUGUAUAUAGGAUGUGAGGAACACCCUCCUGUAUGCGUUUUCCAUUUUUGGUUUCCCGCUUCUCUUCUCUCCCUGCAGUGCGAGGUAACUUCAGACAGGGAGGGGGGGGGGGCAAAACAGGCAGGAGGAUGAUUUGAGGAAAAGUGCUGGAGGGUCUUUGGCAUUGCAGUUACUCUGGCAAAAUUUUCUAAUGUGCUACGGUCCUAGUACGUUUGAACAUUGAAAAGAGAAUGAUCCUUUCAGAAGUUUGGUGGAGCAUCACAUUGAAAGAACAACAAAAAAGGACUCACUUCCUCUCCUCCUCCUCCUCCUCACUCCGUCCUCUCCUCUUUCGACCUCCACCCAUGACACCAAAGCUUACGGGAUCUGAGCUCCGGGCUGCACUCCGUGGACCACCCAGUACGUUUCAUUUUGUUCCCACAUGACAGUGAACACUCUGCCGGCUUUGGGACUCGGCCUACCGAAUGCAAAAGGCUGGCAGCACCAGGCAAAUUGGCAUUAAGCCCGCGGGUGGAACGGUGGUUUAAACGGUGGUUUAAGCCCUUGGUUGGACACAUAAGCGAAUGCAAAAGGCUGGCAGCACCUGGCAAAUUGGGAUUAAGCCCGCAGGUGGAACGGUGGNCAAAUUGGCAUUAAGCCCGCGGGUGGAACGGUGGUUUAAGCCCUUGGUUGGACACAUAAGCGAAUGCAAAAGGCUGGCAGCACCUGGCAAAUUGGGAUUAAGCCCGCGGGUGGAACAGUGGUUUAAGCCCUUGGUUGGACAGGUACGUGUUUUCCUCGACUGGAACCGUGAGGCGCUUGAUGACAUUGGAUUUGGUUACAUCGUAUUUGUUUUCUUCAAAACGGGUCUCGUCAAUUUGGUUGCUGUCGUGGUAUUCCGGACAUGGUUGAGGAUUUUCGGGCCUGCAAUGUGUUUCACCCCCUUGGUGUUUUUUCGAGACUUGGUUGUAUAGCGUGUCAGAGUCGAAUGAGACAGGCGUUUCUAGUACAGGAGCCGUGCAAAACACAGCCGUUGUGUUUUCAUUUCUUUGUGUUCUUUGUCCUCAGGACAGGGUAUUCACAAAAGGAAUUGCACGUAAUUUCUUUUUCCACAUAACACACGCAUCCACUCUGUGGGAGCGGCAUGUAAAACAAACCCCAUGCAAUCUG